AUGGGUAAAUCAUGGGAGGGUGACAAAUUGCAGGGUGUUUCAUCGCUGGUGGAAGGAUUGGAUAAGGAUAGCGAGUUCGUUGGUAAAAAGGGAUGACAAGUCUUGUUGUUGAUAAAAUCGAAGGUGUUGUGCUGGCCUGGUUUUAUGGGAAAUAUCACAAUAAAAUUCUUUUAAACAAUGUCCUUUCCUGCUCAGGAAGGGGCAUGACACCAGAUGUUUUGGAUUUGGAGUAUUAUAAAUUGAUGGGGUUUUUUUGUGACCAACAUUGAUGUUGUUUGUCUACCCAUAUGACUGCAAUUACAGCAUUACAUUAUGCUGUAGAUAGGCUGAACCUUCAGUUAAGUACUUGCAUAGUCACUCAGGGAGCCAGCUUGAUAAACUUAGAGAGACCAACUCCAACGAAGCACCACCAUGGUUGGCACAGAGCGGAAAAAUUUUGAAAAUUUUGCGUCUCUAAAUUGUCGGAAAUGGCAUUUUCAAAGUCUUGAGCGCCCCCUAUACCUCUUCAUAAUAUGCUUUCACGUAAAAAUAUUUUGCCUUUUCACGAGUCACGGAUUAAGACAAUCAUCGAUCACGUUUCACGGCUAAGUACAAUAAGCCCUUCACGCUUCACGCAAAAAUUAUAGGGGGCCCGAUCACGUUUCACGGCUAAGUAAAAUAAGCCCUUCACGCUUCACGCAAAAAGUAUAGGGGGCCCUCAGUCUUCUCUACCUCUUUUGUUAGGCCCUUUCAUUAAUUCGUUCAUUAUGAUUUGUGAAUCUAUGCUAUCUGCAAGUCAGGAUGGAUUAUUACAACAAAUGUUGUUAUCAAAAUAUCGAUUGCAAAUAUUUGAUCCAGUCACAGAGAAGAGAUAUGGAUAGUCCCCGUGCGCCAAAAUGGCUGCCACCUAGUUUUUAAGCUCGUCAUUUUUUUAAUAUUUUUGAACUUCUCGAGUCAGUUUUUGGCAUUUAGAUUGUUUACAAGUAUUGUUAAGAGUAAUAUCUACAAAGAGUGUUAUGGAUUGAAUGAGGAUGGUGCGAUUUCAACGACAUACGAAUCGACUUUUUUCAGACAGCAUGUCAAUAUUCACCGAACAAAAUAUGAUUCGAAAUUCAAAGUUCCAUUUGCAGUGAAUAAACCGUCUAAACAUGGAUCUAUUUGUUUAGCACUUCCUUCGAAACCUUUUAAGGUUGAUCUGACCAUAUGUGUUGACGUAUCGCCGAAUCCGGGUCCUGAAACAUCAAAAAGGAUCAAUUUUGGAGCGGAAAAUUUAAUAACCGUCGGAGCAUCGUCACGGUCGGCCGCCAUCACAAAGAUUACAUACAAGCCUUCAUUUAUACGUAGUCUUCGAUUCUCUCAGUUGGCCAAAUACAUCGACGAACAUACAUAUUCUUUCCUUCGUUAUUUUGAAAUCCUGAAACCUUAUCGCGGCCUUCGUAGUGGGACAAAAGUUAAACAACGGAAAGUUGCUAAUAACAUUAACAAUAAUGUAAUUAAUAUUCAUCCUGUGUAUGCUCGACGAAUCUGCAUAUCUAAACCAGCUACAGACCUACGUUCACAUAUUCCGUCGAAUUGCGUCUCUAUUGUUAGUCAUAACUCAACCGAACAGCAAACUCCUUGUAUAAAGAUUGCAACUCCAGAAACUACAUCAGUUUCAGACUCUGCUGACACGGACUCGCGUAAUAUAGAUGCUUCAACAUCAACAGUUUCUCACAUUUCAACAAGACGCCAUUCUAAUCCCGGUUCGAAUCUUAAAAUAGUUCAUGUAAACAUUCGUUCAUUGCGCAACACAGAUCAUCUCAUUCAAGUCAGAGAAUUUGCUAAAUCUGAGAAUAUAGAUGUGCUUACCAUCUCCGAAACCUGGCUAAACUCGACUGUAACAAACAAAGAGAUAACUAUCGAUGGCUACAAACUACACAGACUCGACCGUUUACAUAAGAAAGGAGGGGGAGUUUGCUUAUACAUUCGGAAUGACAUUAAGGAAAAUAUUUUGAAAGAUAUUUCUGACUGCAAUUUCCACCAACUAUGGCUACAACUUCAGUAUAAGAAGUUAAAAUCACUCGUGGUUUGUGCAACAUACCGUCCUCCCGACUGUCCACUCACCUGUCUCCAGUCUCUUCUAAAGCCCAGCUAUAUUACAGCUUUAUCAAUGAACAAACCUAUAACAUCCUCGGUGAUCUUAACUGUAUUACACUAAAAGAAUGUCCUGAAAACAAGGCGCUCACUGAUAUUUCAAUAGAAUUAAACCUAACCCAAAGUAUUACCACACCAACCAGAAUCACAGACCGCAGCCAGUCACUUAUUGAUGUUAUUCUCAUUUUCAACCCUGACCUGGUAUGCGACAGUGGCGUCAUCGACACAGCGAUAAGUGACCACCUCCCCGUCUUCGCCACGUUGAAGUUGAGACUACCCAAGCCUCCUUCACGUUUCAUCACUGUGCGCAGUUUUAAAAACUAUGACCCUUCGUUGUUCUCUGCUGCCCUGGCCUCCAACUCUAGCAACUUGUUAUCCAUAUUUACUAAACCUGAUGUUGACUCGAAAUUGGCAACAUUCAACAUUGUUCUUAUUUCCACCCUUGAAGCUCAUGCUCCUGUCAAGCGUAUCAAGAUCCGUAGCCGUCCUUGUCCCUAUGUCACCACUGAAAUUAAAGAUCUCAUGAAUGCCAGGGACCGAAUACUUCGCCGUUUCAAAACUACACGUGACGACAAUGACUGGCAUAUCUAUAUGGAAGCUCGGCAAACGAUAAAAACCACACUAAGAAACGCAGAGAGAAACUACAUCCGUAAUGAGGUACAAACUCACAAAGAUAAACCGGGUUGUCUUUGGAAAAUUAUUAAUAAAGUUAUACCAUCCAAAGAGAGACCCACUCUAACAUACGGUAAAGACCAUAAAUCGGUAGCAGACGAUUUCAACCAGUUCCGGCUAGCUUUGAAAAAUAAUAUUAACAUUUCCACCAUCAGCCUUCCACUCCACACCACCUGGAAAUUCCCCUGACGACCUGUUCUAUUUCCGUCCUGUUACCUGCACAGAAGUACAAAAUAUUAUUCUAUCUAUGCCCUCCAACAAAUCUCCUGGUCUCGAUAAGAUCAAUACGCGGGUCAUUAAAGAUUCGUUACCAGUUAUUUUAGGCCCCCUAUUAAACAGACAUAAUCAAUUGUUCCCUCAACACAUCUACAUAUCCCAAAGCAUGGAAAAAGGCUGAAGUUAUACCUCUGUUAAAAGAUGGUGACCAUGAGCAAGCUUCAAACAAUCGCCCUCUUUCGCUUCUACCCGUUGCUUCUAAAGUCUGCGAGAAAAUUGUGCUCAGUCAAUUCAACACGUACUUAACGAGAAACAAUCGUUUGUCCUCCCACCAAAGUGGCAACAAGAAACACUUCUCCACAGAAACACUGUCUAUUUUUGUGAAUGACACUAUUUUGAAAGCGAUGGAUAAUAAGAAGUUAACUGCACUUGUGCUUUUAGAUUUGUCUAAAGCAUUUGACAGUGUCAAUCACAAUAUCCUACUUCAAAAAUUGGAACGCAUCGGAGCGUCUAAACCCUCAUUGAGAUGGUUUGGUAGCUACCUAAAUGGACGAUCACAAGUAGUACGUAUUGGUUCAACUUCAUCUUCUCCCCUUAACCUCACCCACGGCGUACCACAAGGAGCGAUACUUUCACCCUUACUCUUCUGCAUAUACAUGAAUGAUCUCCCACUAUCACCACGCAGUAGCUCCCUUGAAUCAUACGUUGAUGACUCCAAGGUUUUCCUAUCCUUUCCGAUUAAAGACACUACUUCCACCAAAGCGAAUCUGGAAGAAGACCUUUGUCUUGUAGCUAAAUGGUGUUCGACUAAUCAUUUAUUGAUCAACCCAGAGAAAACCAAGUUUCUUCUUAUUGGCACACCCCAGUUGUUAAAAAAACUACCUUCGUCAAUGACUCUCUCAUUCCUAGGUAAAGAUAUUAUUCCUGUGUUCAGUGCAAAAGAUCUGGGAGUUACCCUAGAUUCGCAUUUAUCGUACAACGAACAUAUCAAAAAUCUUGUCUCAUCGUGUACUGCAAAACUUUGUCAAAUUAACAGAGUGAAAGACAGUUUUGAUAAAGAAACGCUCAAACUCAUCAUUUCAUCACUUGUUAUCAGUAAAUUAUUCUACUGUUCUUCUACAUGGUCCAAUACAUCUUCCACAAACAUUAGCAAGCUCCAAGCAGUACAGAACUUUGCAUGCAGGAUUAUUACAAACACUAGAAAGUUUGACCACAUCACUCCUGCGCUACGUCAGAUUAGUUGGCUACCUGUCAAAGAACAACUUAUUCUCAGAGACUCAAUUAUGAAGUACAAAUGCAUGAACUCGCUUGUCCCACAAUAUUUAAGCGAAAAAUUUUCGAAACGAUCUUCGAUACACAGCAGACUCACGAGAAACCAAGAUACGCUGCAAAUCCCUUUCAACCGAACCGCCACUGGACAACGUUCCUUUCACUACAGGGCUGUUAAUCUUUGGAAUGGCCUGGAUGAAAAUAUCAAAGAAGCAAGAUCUCUCCGCCAUUUCAAGAAGUUAAUGAAAAACAAUCUGUUAGACCACUAUUUUAACAAUUAA